GGCUCUUGACUACAACUGUCACCUGGCUUCAGUAUAUAUACAUGGAAGCACCAGUCUCACACACUCGCAAACACGCUAAACAUUCAGAGAUAAACAAGCCAAAAAGCAGCAAGACGCAGUCAUGAAGGUGUUCAUGGUACUAGCCGUUGCAGUGCUAUCUGGCUGUCAUGCCAACCUCUUCUAUGCUGAUGCACCGAAGCCACAGCUGGAAGUGCUGACUGAUGCUUUCUGGGACUACAUUGCCAAGGCCACCCAGACAGCUGAUGACACCCUCCAGAUGAUCAGGAAAUCACAGUUUGGACAGGAUGUAAAUGCUCGUCUGAUGGAGAGUGCCGACGUGGCCAGCAAGUAUGCAGUCACCCUCCAGGAGCAGCUUCCCCCUGCAGCCCAGGACCUGAUCACCAAAGUCACCACAGAGGCUGACGUGCUGAGAGAGCGUGUGACCCAGGAACUGAGCACUGUCAGGGAGAGGCUGGAGCCCUACACAGAGGACAUGAAGGCCCAGAUCCAGCAGAGAGUGGAGCAGCUCAAACAGGAGUUGGCACCCUACGCAGACUCCCUGGACUCUGAGGCCCUGAGGACCACCCUGAUGCAGAAGAGCGAGGAGCUGAAGACCAGCCUGGAGCAGAGUGUGAAGGAUCUGCAGGCUCAGCUGGGGCCCUACACUGAUGACCUGAAGCAGAAGGUGGACCAGCACCUGCAGGACUUCCAGAAUAGCGUGGCCCCCAUGACUGACAAGGUCCAGGUUGAGCUGAGUCAGAGAGCAAAUCUGGUGAAACAAUUGGUGGCCCCUUAUGCUGAGGACCUGAGGGAAAAGCUGGACCCCUACGCUCAGGACCUCCAGGCCCAGCUCAUGUCCCUCUACCAAUCCUUUGUCAAUGCCAACUAAGUCAACCUCCACACCUGCUGCAUGAUUUAUCAAGAUGCCGGACCUGUGGUCUACCUCUGUUUGAAGCAUGAAAAAAAAAAAAUUGGUACUGUAAACCAAAUUAAACUGGGUGUAUACCCACAACAUAAUAUUUAUUGCUAGGUGCAAAUAUUGCAAAGCACACCUCUGCACUUGUCAAACAUGUAUAUACUUAGUUUUUAUUGUGUGUUGUGAAGUUGAAAACUGUAACUUUUUUGUAAUUUCUCUAAGUUGUCAAAAAUAAAUUGAUGAAUCUGGAAAAUGUGA